UCGUUUCCGUAGCAGUAUGGCGACCACGGAGGAUGAGCGGCCGGCGGGGAGCGGAGAGGGAGAGCGGUUGGAUUUCCUGCGAGACCGGCACGUGCGGUUCUUCCAGCGCUGCCUCCAGGUUUUGCCUGAGCGCUACUCUUCGCUCGAGACCAGCAGGUUGACUAUUGCAUUUUUUGCACUCUCUGGGCUGGAUAUGUUGGACUCCUUAGAUGUGGUGAACAAGGAUGAUAUAAUAGAGUGGAUUUACUCCCUGCAGGUCCUUCCCACAGAAGACAGAUCAAAUCUAAAUCGCUGUGGUUUCCGAGGCUCUUCUUACCUGGGUAUUCCAUUCAAUCCAUCAAAGAAUCCUGGAACUGCUCAUCCUUACGAUAGUGGCCACAUAGCAAUGACCUACACUGGCCUUUCAUGCCUAGUUAUUCUUGGAGACGACCUAAGCCGGGUAAAUAAAGAAGCUUGCUUAGCAGGCUUGAGAGCCCUUCAGCUAGAAGAUGGAAGUUUUUGUGCAGUCCCUGAAGGCAGUGAAAAUGACAUGCGAUUUGUAUACUGUGCUUCCUGUAUCUGCUAUAUGCUCAACAACUGGUCUGGCAUGGAUAUGAAAAAGGCUAUCAGCUAUAUUAGAAGAAGUAUGAGUAUCAGGUUUGAGUGGCCGUCUCCUUCACAUCCUGGAAAACGUGCUCUCGUUUUCGGGUGUCUCUUCUACAAGUCUCCUGCACUGCCAAGCGUCUCCUCAGCCACGGUGCCCACUAACGUCCUUCACAGUAGAGGAUCAACUUUUUGUGGCAUUGCAUCACUGUGCCUGAUGGGUAAACUAGAAGAAGUUUUUUCAGAAAAAGAAUUGAACAGGAUAAAAAGGUGGUGUAUAAUGAGACAACAGAAUGGUUAUCAUGGAAGGCCUAAUAAGCCUGUUGACACCUGUUACUCUUUUUGGGUGGGAGCAACGCUAAAGCUUCUGAAAAUUUUCCAGUAUACUAAUUUUGAGAAAAAUAGAAAUUACAUCUUAUCAACUCAAGAUCGCCUCGUUGGUGGAUUUGCCAAGUGGCCAGAUAGUCAUCCAGAUGCUUUGCAUGCAUACUUUGGAAUUUGUGGCCUGUCACUAAUGGAGGAAAGUGGCAUUUGUAAGGUUCAUCCUGCCCUGAAUGUAAGCACACGGACUUCUGAGCGCCUGCGAGAUCUCCAUCAGAGCUGGAAAACCAAGGACUCUAAACAGUGCUCAGAGAACGUACACAUCUCCACAUGACUAGCUUUAGAUUGGGGGGUGGUGGGGAGGAUUUGUAGCCUAACUGUAGCUCAAGGUUAAAAGCCAUGUGUAACCAAGUGUUCUCUUUUCUAAGAGGUAGUCUUACAAUCAGAUGCUGAUGUCACUUUGGGAUAUGGUCUUGAGCCAGUAACCUUUGUACUAGGUUUCAAGAAAAUCUUUGUUGAAGUUUGAACCACAGUGGACUCCAUCGUGGUUCUUAAAUGUUUAUACUAUAUUUCUAAGUUCUUUGAGGCAAAUUAACUGUAUGUAUGUAGGUUUUUUUUUUAAAAAACAAAAACAAAAAACUUCAGUACAGAAUUGUAUCAUAUUAUAAAAUGGACAUGAAUCUUCAAAAGAAGUUUACAGUUCACAUAGCAUUGGUAAUCUUCAGGUGAGCACUUAGUGAUCAUUUAAAAAGCUUGACUGCUUAUGGUGGAACAUUGCUUUAAUGAAUUAAGUAUCUGGGGUUAUUCUCUGAAAACAGAUGAUCCCAUAAUUUUUAAAAGAAGAAUGACUUAUUUUGUCUUAUUCUUAAAUAAAAUGUGCCAAUUAAACUUUUGUGGGCUAUAUACAAAUGAAAUUAACUUCAUAGCAAGAAUGAAUAGGCUUAACUAAUACAGUAAUUUCUUAAAGGGAGAUUGUUAUAAAAAGACUAUUAUGUAACUGAGGAGAAAGUAAUUUAACUGUAUGUGAUUGUGAAUGGGAAAGUUUUGUGCUGUGUGGGUCAUCUGUUUUAGAUGUUGCUGGGGUAAAUAACAGUCAUGUUUGAUUUUAAUCUCGAAUCAUUAGUUGCUUUUUUUUUUUUCCUUUCUGCAGAGAAAGCCGUCUUACCUAGAGGGAAAAACAUCUAGUGGUUUUGUUUCUUUUUCUGAGAUAAAUUGUAAACUGUAUUUUUAUAACUGAGUUAUUUUUAAACAUUUGGUUUGUUGUUGUUGUUGUUGCUCCCUGUGUUUUAGCUUUUCUGAUUUCAAACUGAUGAUUUUCUAAUUUUUUGAAGUUAAAUAAGUAAACAUUUAAGUGAAAAAAAAAUAGCACCACUCAAUUAAAUUUAAUGGUAUAGCUCCAUACACAGUCAUUCAUAUUUUUGUAAUAUUUUCAGGUAAGUGGGAAGGUAAUGUAUCCCUUAGAGGUUAAGGACUGGGGUUUGCUUUUCAUUGUUCUGUUUUCUUCAUUCUGUAACCUACCUGAAUUAUAAAGAAGUGGUAUAAAAACUUA